AACACGCUAACACGACUUCCUUCCACAAACCAUUUCAAGCAAAUAAUAUUAACUGCUUAUUAAUUCCAUGGAUCAUCACAAACCAACCAUUCACAUCGCCGCCAUCUCAAUCCCAGCGUUCAGCCACCAAGCCUCCAUUCUUCAAUUCUCAAAACGACUAGUUCAUCUCCAUCCUCACUUACAGGUGACCUGCAUCUUUCCCACCAUUGACUCUCCACCUGAUCCCACCAUCGCCAUUCUUCAAACUCUCCCUUCGUCCAUUCACUGCAUCUUCCUCCCUCCCAUCUCCAAACACGACCUUGUCGAUCCCCAACACAACAGUACUCCCCCACCUGCUGUUCAGAUCCAACUCGCAGUUUCUCGAUCUCUUCCUUCUCUCUGCGACGCCCUCAAAUCGCUGCGUUUCGGCUCGUCGUCGCCGUCGCCGUCUUCCCCACCGCCACUUGUCGCAUUAAUCACAGAUCCUUUUGCUAAUGAAGUUCUUGAAAUUGCCAAGGAGCUUGAUCUCUUGUCCUUCGUGUACUUCCCUCCUUCCGCCAUGACGCUUUCUCUGUUCUUGAACUUGCCCAGGCUGGAUCAAGAGACUUCGUGCGAGUAUAGAGAUUUGAAGGAUCCGAUCGAGAUCUUUCCGGGGUGUAGUAUUCCAAUCAACGGUCUCGAUCUUCCUGAGCAUCUUCAAGAUCGAUCUAGUCUCUCUUACGAGCUUAUCCUUCAACGUUGUAAACGCUUUCCUCUUGCCGAUGGCUUCUUGGUCAACACCUUCUUUGAAAUGGAACACAGGACAGUAACAGCUCUCCAAAACGUGUUCCCCAUCGGACCGAUUGUUCAAGCCGGGUCAAGUACUUCAGAAAACGGGUCGGGUUGUGUGGAAUGGUUGGAAAAUCAAACCCCUCGAUCUGUUUUAUAUGUUUCAUUCGGAAGUGGGGGGACACUGAGCGGGGAACAGCUCAAUGAGUUAGCUUUGGGGUUAGAAUUGAGUGGUCAAAAGUUCUUAUGGGUCGUUAGAAAACCAAGCGAAUCAGCGAAUUCUGCUUAUUUGAGCGACGAAAAACAAGAUUCAUUGCAGUUUUUGCCAUCAGGAUUCAUAGAGAGAACAAAAGAACGAGGUUUAGUAGCGUCAUCGUGGGCCCCACAAAGUGAGAUUCUCAGACACAGUUCAACGGGUGGGUUCUUAACACACUGUGGUUGGAAUUCGAUCCUGGAGAGCAUUGUGUGUGGGGUGCCGAUGAUGACGUGGCCGUUAUUUGCAGAGCAGAAGAUGAACGCCGUUUUGCUGACAGAAGGGCUUAAGGUAGCUUUGAGGCCAAAGGAGAAUGAAAGAGGGAUAGUGGAGAAAGAGGAGAUUGCUGAGAUGGUGAGAAGAUUAAUGGAGGGGAGAGAAGAAGGCAAUGGGAUUCGCAGAAGAAUCGAGGAAUUGAAAGAUGCUGCUUCUUCUGCUUUGAAGAAGGAUGGGUCCUCUACAAAGGCACUUUCUCAAGUUGUUGAUCAAAUUCAAGUUGAAACUUUUUGGAGGCAAAAACAGAAAUAUUGAAAUUGCGCCUUUUUUUUGUUAAGGAUCUUUGUUUUUGUGUCUUUUCAAUCAUUCAGUUUUUGUCCCAAUUCUAAUGAGUACGAUAUUUUUGAAUUUUUUGCAUAUUAACUGUUUAACUU